GAUGGUGACGGCGACGACGACUAAUCUUACACCUAUGCUUACCGACGAUGACAGACCAACAACUGAAGACCGUCUCGAAGUUAUCAGCAAUCCUGUAGCAGUUGAUGGUGAUCAAGCUUCUAGAAAUACGUCAUCUCCUAUUUUUACAGACGGUGGGGUAGGGGCUAUGUUCAAAUAUGAGCAACCGAAAAGUCUCAACUUUCGGGUUAUUGAAGGCGCCGAGGGACACACCGUCACCUCAACUUAUUAUACAACAAUACCGCCAUCGUCACCAUCACAGGUUCAAAGAUUAGCGAAUGGAAAGUCUAAUUCGAAAGGUUUAUAUGUUCAUAAUCCAGGGAAUGGUCGAUCGUCGCCGCCGCAUUCGGAUCCGGGCAGCUCACCGCGUUUUCUUGGUGGGCGAAAAAGUCCGGCGCCUAGUUCGCAUUCGAACUAG